AUGGAGCGUUUUGCUAACGUAGAAAGAAGCUUAAAUGAACUUCGGAUGCUCAUUUUAAACUAUGCUGAGGGCAAUAUUUUAGAAUCCGACAAAACUCCUGAAAUUUCUUUCGAAGAGGAAGAAACUCAAUCAAAUUCAAGUGAGUCAAUACAAUCGAUUGCAUCAUUACCAAAAAGUCCAAGAUCAUCUCCACGUCCUAAAUCUACACAGAAGAGCCCACAACAGGAAAUCAGUUCUAAAUUUGAAACAUUUUUAGAAAAGAAGUACAGUCAGAGUCCACAAUCAUCACCACGUAGAGAAUCUUUUGACACAUGGAAAAAACAAUUGUUGAAAGGACAAAAAUCAUCAUCAGCCAGUAAAACAUCUUCUUCAAUCAUUGAAGAUUAUGUUUCUCCUGAAGCAAGUGACAGCAGUAACUCAUCAUUACCUUCCAAUGGAGUAAAUUCUUCACAAGCAGUUGGUUUCGAAAACAAUUCUGAUAAUGAAGAUCUUCAAAUUCAAACUUCAAAGCAGAAUAGUAAGCUUAAGGUCGAUAAAAUUGACACUAAACCUAAUAGGCAAUCUUUACCACCAAUUUCACCAAUUCCAAGAAAUUCCAAGUCAAUUCCAAGUUCAACAUCAUCAUCUAAUGCUAUUGAAAUAUCCUCAUCUUCUAAGCAAGAUCAGCCUUCCGAUCUCACUCCUUUAUCUUCUGUUGAAAACAUUAUCGAAGAUGAUCCUCAAAUGGGCCAAUUCAAAGAAAAGCUUGAGCUCUCAUUCCAAGCCAAAUCACCACAUAGUGCAAAAGCUCCGAAAUCAGAACUAAGCGAUUCAAAUUCUGGCUCAAUUAAAUCUAAUUCAGAUUCCAACAACCAAAGUUCAAAUGAAGAAGAAUCCCAAUCUUUAGAUAAUGAUUCUAAAUCAUUGAAUGUUCCGAUAAGCUCAUCAAGUGAUAAAUGCCAGUCAUUUGAUGAUGAAGAAGAGAAAGAUGAGCUGGAUUCACAUGAUUCAAAGUCUGGUGAAGAAUCAAGUGAAAAAGCAGAAACAUAUCAAUUAGAACUCCCUGAAGAAGAGGAAGAAUCGCAAGAACAUGAGGAUGACCAUGAAGAAUCAACAGAUCCAGAACUUGAAGCACUUAAGGAGCACCUUGAGAAAACUAAUUUAACAAAAGAUCCUUCUGCAAACGAGUUCCAACAUUCAUCUCAUGAAAUUUCUGAUCCUUUCAAUAUAAAAAAGGUAAUUAAUGAAGAGGAAGAUGAGUUAGGAUCACCAGAGCCGUUACCUGAUCCAAAAGACAUAAGUGAUGACACAGAGUCUUUUGGAAAAUCUUUUGACGAAAAACUCAACGAAUUCUUGAAUAGUCACGACUCGUUAGACUCCUAUGACUAUGAAGAUAUUUAG